AUUUAGGAGAUUUAUAAAGAUGAUAUUGUAAUGGACGAAUUAAUUGAAGAGGAAUCACCCAAUACGUACAAGUUAGAUAUUACAGAUCAGCGUGAAUAUUUUGCUAGUCAAGCAACUGAAAUUGACAAUGACGUUGAAAUGGUUGAUGCUGAUCAGAGUUCUAUUAAGCAUCAAAAUUCUAUUGAAAUAUUAAAUAAAUUCCGAGAUAAUUUUAGAAAUUGGAAACCUAACUUGACUACGAAGGUAUAUACUUUUUAACCUUAAAUAUGUUAUCCUUUUCGUUAACUAAUACAUUAUGCACAUGUUUUUUUUGGUAAGUCGCUGUUUCCAAGAAAAGUAGAUACACCUAUCCCUAAUUUAGUAACACAAAAGUGUAAUGAAAUGAUUGAAGACAAACAAAAUCGUAUGAGAGAAUCAAAACCUAAAAUUGAAUAUCUACCACAAAAAAUUGAAAAGGAAGUCAAUGUAAUCCAAUUGAUGGGAAAUGAGUUUUUGCGUCAUUUUUGGGCGUCCGUUGAUUUAACCGUUAAAGAAAAAGUAGAAAAAAAUAAGCGGAUGAUAGAGCAAUUAAAAUCAAUCCUAACAAAAAUUGAUCAGAUUUCUGAGUUGAAACCAUCAGAAGAAGAUAUUAAGCAAGGACUCAACCUUCCGAAUGGGUCAUCUAAUAAUAAUACAAUUCAAAAAGAUCAAGAACCAAAAUCAGUUGUCAUCAACGGUAAACGAGUAAAAAUCGGUUCAAAAGGUGGUAAUAGUUUUGAGCAAGUUAAUGGAAGCCGCCCGGAUUCCAAUGGAUCUCCUAGGAUAGACUCAGAAUGGAAAGAUGCACUAAUACAAGCUCAACAGAUGCUAAAUCCUUUGUGCAAUUCCAUCGAAAAAGCCUUGUCUCAUAAUCAAGGGGUAAAUAUUUCAAGACCAAAUAGUCGUCAAGGACCAUCAGCUGUAAGUCAAAGCUUUCAGAAGUCAGCUCGAACUUCUAGUCCGGGACAUCACAAAACCGGUAUUCGUGAUUCAAAAACACCGGAUCUUUACAAAGCUCCUCGUGAUACAAAAUCAAUCGGUUCGGAUAUUCAAAGACCUGUCCCUCGGGAUAUUCGGGAUAUCAAGCAACCUCAACAUCAUCAUGGCAGAACCGUCAAUCGUGAAACAAAGCAAGUUAUUAAUCCAAAAACUCAAAAAAGUAGUAACCACGAUAUGCAACAAAGUUUAAGUUCAGAGGUCCAGAAAUCCUCCAACCGACAAUUCAAACAAGGUUCAAAUAUGAAACAAGACAUUAGCCGUGUUAACCCCAAAGUAUCUGUUCGUAACGGUAUUACACAAGCUCAGUCGGAUACUAAUCGAGAAAGUCGCACGACUAUUAAAAUUCAAAAAAGAAACAUACAACAAAACACUAGUCGUGAUGAUUCUCAAUCAAAUGGUCGGGACACACUAAAAAGCUCUAAUAUCAAUCCCGCUCGAGUUUCCAGUGGCUCCUCAGAAAUUUCUUCCCAAGUCUCAUCAGCAAAUAGAAUCAAAGUGAAGCGAAAACGAUAAAAGGACAAAAUUAUUGUAACAUCGUAUAUUUGCAAGCAGUUUAUUUUCGCACAUUUUUUUAUUUUAAUAUUGUUUUUUUUUUUGGGUUUUUUUUUUAUUU